AUGGAGAGUAAGCCGGAGUCAUUGUGCCGGGUCUGCGGCGAUAAGGCAUCCGGGAAGCACUAUGGUGUGCCAUCUUGCGAUGGCUGUAGGGGCUUCUUCAAACGGAGUAUACGAAGGAAUUUGGACUACGUUUGCAAGGAAAAUGGCCGAUGUGUGGUAGACGUGAAUAGGAGAAACCAAUGCCAAGCAUGCCGCUUCUCCAAAUGUCUUCGGGUCAAUAUGAAGAAGGAUGCCGUCCAGCACGAGCGAGCACCGCGCGCUGCUGAUCAACAAGAGCUGCAAAGGAUUAGCAACAACUUCCCCCGCCAGUCCCUCUUCCCACCCCUAACUACCCCCUUCCUCCCCUACCUACCCGAUCGAGUCCAUAUGCCAUUCCUGGACAAUACAUUUCGAGACUUUGCGAGACUUCCCGAUGGCACUUUCGAUGUAUCCCAUCCACUUAUCACACCUCUAUCCGGUAGUCCUUUUAAGAUGCCGAUAUUUUCGCCACUCCACUAUCCUUCCCACGUCCCGGGAUAUUUGCCGACAAAUAUUUUCUAUCCGCCAGUCAUUGCAACGGAUGGCCUAAGCUUGGAUUGUCACAAAACAGCCCUUGACACCCAAAAGUACGUUCCGUAUAGUAACAGUAACUCAGUUAAUUCUGACUCGAAUCCAGAAAUUAUAAAGGACGACGAAGUGUCCAGUUCAGAAGAAGCUAGAAGGAACGACGAAAAUUCAAUAUAUGACAAACAAAACCAGCGGGAUAUUUGCGAUCAAGCGGAAACGAAGGAAAUAGACGUUACCGAUGAGAAAACUGGUACAGACACCGUAGAAAGACAAGCAGAGAGUACAGACAAAACUAACGAUUACGCUCGAUUCGUAUACAAAAAUAUCGAUAUGAAUCCUGAACAAAUGUACGCACCGACCGCUGAACUACUGGUGAAGACCAUCAAAUGGCUCCACACUUUAUCGCCAUUCAGACAGAUGUCGCUACGGGAGCAGACAUGUCUGUUAAUAUGCAAUUGGAAGGAACUAUUCAUAUUAACAGCGGCGCAGUACGCAUUCGCAUUUGAAGAGGAUCAAUUAUCGCCAACGAUUGUCUCUAAACAACCACUUAUAAAGGAAGAUAUAAAGAAGCUUACAUACCUGUUGAAGAAAAUAAUUCGUUGUCGGCUCGACAAAUUGGAAUACGACUGUUUGAAGUCCGCACUACUUUUUCGGACAGACUGUACUACGACCUUGAACACCGAAGUGCUGCAAGAACAGGCGUUAUUGCAUCUUCAAAGACACUGCGGAAACAAGGACAGUUCCCGUCUUGGCAGGCUGAUGCUCCUAUUGCCCAGCAUCUGUCUUCUAGCAAACCAAAGCUUCUUAGAAUAUUUACUUUUCUCAACUACCUCUGUUACUGACAUAAGAACAAUACUAUUGCGUAUAUUAACAUACACUGCCAUGUAA